AUUUCCUCUGUUAAAAUACAUAGCGAAGCGAUUAGCGAAAGCCAGACUUCACCGGGGGAGAUUCCAAUAGUCAUGGUGAAAAAGACGAACGCCGAGAAAGCUGUCGCUGGAGAAGCGUCGAGCAGCAGCAGCAGCCGCCGAAAGAGACAACGGCUUCCUUCCGUUGCUGAAGAUGAAGGCAGAGGAGUAACGGCGAGUGUAGACGAAGAUGAAGUGAUAACUCCGGAGGCACGAUCGGGGACGCUGCUCGAUUUGGACCUUCUCGAUUGUCCCGUUUGCUUGGAAGCACUGACCAAACAUGUCUUUCAGUGUGACAACGGACACAUAGCUUGUUCGUCUUGCUGUCUCAAACUGAGAAACAAAUGCCCCGCCUGCGCUUUGCCCAUCGGUAACAACCGAUGCAGAAUCGUAGAGAGAAUCGUCGAAUUAGUCACCGUCCCGUGUCCGAACUCAAAACAUGGCUGUACGGAGAAGUUCUCUUACGGCAAAGAAUCAGCACAUGAGGAGGAAUGCGGUUUCGCUCUUUGCUACUGCCCUGCACCGGACUGCAACUUCGCUGGUGUGUACAAAGAUCUCUACAGUCAUUACGAUGCUGACCACAAGGAUACAACGAGGCGUUUCGUGUGUGGCACUCCCCACCACACAUAUCUCGCCCCUGGCCCAGGCCCGAAGAUUUCAGUCCUUCAGGAAUACAGAGUUGGUCCGUUGGUUGUGGUUCAGUGUUUCGAGGGGGCGCAAGGAAUGUCUUUGACUGUGAACUGUAUAGCUCCGUCUGCUCCAGGAGUUGGGAAGUUUUCCUUUGAUUUGACCCACUCUUUGGGACGUCAGACUGUGACGUUUGGAUCGACGGAGAUGAAUAGGAUUCAGAGAGUGAGCUUGGAAACUCCUGAGGAAGACUUUAUGUCGAUUCCUUCCUAUUUGGUUUCACCAAUUAUGAUUAAGAACUUGCGUAUUUGCAUCCGCCGGCUAGAACAAGAAGAAGAUGGUGAAGAGGAAGAGGAAGAGGAGAAGGAAGAGGAAGAAGAAGAAGAAGAAGCUAGUGAAGAAGAUGACCAAGAAGAAGCUGAUGAAGAUUAUGAUGAUGAUGAAGGAGAAGCUGAUGAGGUUGACGUUGUUAACAAUGUUCGCAGGUCAACUCGUCAGAAGAAGGUUAACUCCAAAUACCAAAACAAAGUCAAGUAACCAAAGACUAACUCUAAACACCACAAUGAAGUGAAGUAACGAUGUUCUCUUGCGUGUCUCCUUUUUGUUGUUUUGUUCGUUGUUUAGUGCAAAGUUUGUAAGAAGUCAUGUUCCUCCUUUCUAUUCAAGAAAUGAAAAAAAAAAGGAAACUAGUUUAUUACCUUA